GUCAGGAUGGACCGGGAACUCUUUCGAAAACUUGCGUCUAAAAUGGGAAUAACAUCAGAUAAAGUUCUGAGCCAGGCGGAUGAGUACAUGCGGUUAUCUCAGGUGAGAUGUACCAGUCUCGGUAGUGCCACAGCCACCAGUAAAGCCAUUAUUUGUCUGGAACUGGCAGCAAUAGCCAUGAAGCUUCCUGUGGACAAGGAGUUCGCCAUUAAACUAUCGGGACUGAAUAAGAAGAUCUAUCAGAGCAGUUUGAAGUCUAUGGAGUGCAUGCUGGGAUUGCAGAGCAGUCUGGGACUGAGAGAUCUGGCAGUGCAGUACGGCUGCAUGGAGGCAGUAAAUGCGGCGUCUCAGAUCCUUGAACGGUAUGAGAGCAGUCUACCUGCAGCUCAGCGACAAGAUCUUGAUUUGUCGAAACCUCUCUUUACCACUGCUGCUCUGUUCACCGCAUGCAAGUGCAUGAAAAUCCGAGUUGACAAGAAACUGGCAUCCUCCUCCGGAACAAAGAAGUCCGUGUUCGACAGGCUGUGCGCUCAGCUUCAGAAGUUCGGCCAGGAGAUUUGCAAUGAGGCUGCUUCUGUGAAGGGACAAGUCAAAACCGUACAGAAGAGACAGAAGACGCUCACUGAGACCCUGCAGGAGAAAGCGGAAGAUGAUGGCUUGCCAAUGUCUCCUAAGCAACAGCGAGAGCUGGCACAGAGGGAUGAGGAGUGCGAGGAGGAUACCAAGCAAAAUUACGAGGAGUGGAAGAGAAAAAUACUGGAGAAUGCGCUUAAGGCAAAGGGAAAUAGUUCAUAGCUGCAUAUGAUAGCAGUAUUUUAGUUUUAUUUAUUUAUUUCGUUUUUUUCCUUUAACCAUUUUUAGUGUUUUUGAAUGAAAGUUAAUUAGUGACGAGGCUUAUUUUACAUUCUGCAGUAAGAACCAGAGCAUGAAAGCCCUUAUUGUGGCAUUGUUCUUGUUCUUAAAAAGACUGAGCUGCUUUUAAUCAUGUAAUUUCAUUCGACCAUCAUAGUCACUCAGUCUGUCGUUAUAAAUGUGAAGAUUUCUUUUCAAUUUAAAGGCUUUUUUAAUUAUCUCAGAUCACAUGAACAGUUAAGGGACACAAACUAAACGUGUGUAUUAUUUCUAAGCUCAAUCCUGUAGCAAUUGUGUUCACGUGCUGUCAUUAAUAAAGAUGAAACUGA